AUACAGACGGUGGACAUCCACAAGGAGAAGGUGGCAAGGAGAGAGAUUGGAAUCCUGACUACCAAUAAGAACACAUCUCGCACCCACAAAAUCGUUGCUCCAGCCAAUCCGGAGAGGCCGGUGCGGUACAUCUGUAAACCUAUAGAUUACAAUGUGCUGGAUGACAUCGGCCAUGGAGUCAAGGUCAGCAGCCAGAAUAUGAAGAUGGGUGGAGGUCUCCCUCGAACCAACCCACCGACCCAGAAACCCCCCAGCCCCCCCAUGCCAGGGAAGGGAACCAUUGGGCGCCACUCCCCCUAUCGGACGCUGGGGCCCGUGCGUCCGCCUGUGGUCCCUAACGACUAUGUCCCCAGCCCCACACGCAGCAUGGCCCAGCAGGAGAGUCCUGUUCUCACCACUUCAGUUAACCAGCGCACCUACAGCAGCAGUGGAGGCAGUCACCCCAGCAGCAGUGGAGGCAGUCACCCCAGCAGCAGUGGAGGCAGUCACCCCAGCAGCAGUGGAGAGAACAGUGGGAGUGGCUCUGUAGGAGUACCCAUCGCUGUGCCAACAGCCUCUCCACCAGGCAGCUUUCCAGGGACCUCUCCUCCUGCUACCCAGUCCCCACCGUCCGCACCUGACCGCGCCCCUAACACUGAGGCCCAAUCGGCUGAGGCUGUAGCCGAGGCCCCUCUUCCCGCCCAAUACCCUCUCUCUGCUGCAGCCAUCUCGGCGGAAGUCUCAGAUGCACCACCUCCUGCAGAGGAGGAGGCGUCGGCCGUGAUGGAGUACAGUGACCCCUACGCCGAGGAGGACCCUCCCUGGGCGCCACACACCUACCUGGAGAAAGUUGUGGCCAUUUACGACUACGCAGCAGACAAGGAGGAUGAGCUGUCGUUCAACGAGGGCUGUAUCAUCUAUGUGAUCAAGAAGAACGAUGAUGACUGGUACGAGGGGACUAUGAAUGGUACCUCCGGGCUCUUCCCUGGUAACUACGUAGAAUCCAUCAUGCACGACGCAGACUGAGGCCACUCCCCGCCAAGCCCCCCCCCCC